GGCGCCUUAGGGAGGGGGGAGUAGCCGCCAUCUUGGGGACUGGGCGGAGAGAGGGCGCGAGAGCGAGCUGAGGCAGCACUGGCAGAAGAAAACAAACACAUCUUCUGGCAAGUUUUGAACUUGAAGCUUCUGCAGAUGUUUCCUCUUACUCAGGUCUUAUGCAAUAUGGAAAGAGAAGACUAAGGUUCCAUCAUGAUCGGAGGCUUGUUCAUUUAUAAUCACAAAGGAGAGGUUCUAAUCUCUCGAGUCUACCGUGAUGACAUUGGGCGGAAUGCAGUGGACGCCUUCCGUGUCAAUGUCAUCCACGCACGGCAGCAGGUGCGUUCACCUGUCACCAACAUUGCCCGCACCAGUUUCUUCCAUGUCAAGCGUUCCAACAUCUGGCUGGCUGCAGUCACCAAGCAGAAUGUCAAUGCUGCCAUGGUCUUCGAAUUCCUCUACAAGAUGUGCGACGUGAUGACUGCCUACUUCGGGAAGAUCAGCGAGGAGAAUAUCAAGAACAACUUUGUGCUGAUCUAUGAGCUGCUGGAUGAAAUCCUGGACUUUGGCUAUCCUCAGAACUCUGAGACAGGGGCUCUGAAAACCUUCAUCACUCAGCAAGGCAUCAAGAGCCAGACUAAAGAAGAACAAUCGCAGAUUACCAGCCAGGUGACUGGUCAGAUUGGCUGGAGACGUGAAGGGAUCAAGUACCGUCGGAAUGAGCUUUUCCUGGAUGUGCUAGAGAGUGUGAAUCUGUUAAUGUCACCACAGGGUCAGGUUCUCAGUGCCCAUGUCUCUGGCAGGGUGGUGAUGAAGAGCUAUCUGAGUGGAAUGCCAGAGUGCAAGUUUGGCAUGAAUGACAAGAUCGUCAUUGAGAAACAGGGCAAAGGGACUGCGGAUGAAACAGGGAAAAGCGGCAAACAGUCAAUCGCCAUCGAUGACUGCACUUUCCACCAGUGCGUGCGGCUCAGCAAGUUUGACUCGGAGAGGAGCAUCAGCUUCAUCCCACCUGAUGGAGAGUUUGAGUUAAUGAGAUACCGAACCACCAAGGACAUCAUCCUGCCCUUCCGUGUCAUUCCCCUGGUGCGGGAGGUGGGCCGCACCAAGCUGGAAGUGAAAGUGGUGAUCAAAUCCAACUUCAAACCCUCCCUGCUGGCCCAGAAGAUAGAGGUCCGAAUCCCAACUCCCCUCAACACCAGUGGAGUGCAGGUCAUCUGUAUGAAAGGGAAGGCGAAGUACAAGGCCAGCGAGAAUGCCAUCGUGUGGAAAAUUAAGCGUAUGGCUGGAAUGAAGGAGUCCCAGAUCAGUGCAGAGAUUGAACUGCUGCCCACCAAUGACAAGAAGAAAUGGGCUCGGCCGCCAAUCUCCAUGAACUUUGAGGUCCCAUUCGCACCCUCUGGCCUGAAGGUGCGUUAUCUGAAAGUCUUUGAGCCAAAGCUGAACUACAGUGACCAUGAUGUGAUCAAAUGGGUGAGGUACAUCGGCAGGAGUGGAAUCUACGAGACCAGGUGCUAGCUCCAAGAGGCUGGCGGGUUCCCUCUCUUCCCCAGCCACCCUCCCAGUCUCCUUGGUCUUCAAGUACACUUAAAGAGAGCAUCUGUCUGGCCCCCUCUGCACACGGAUUGGAAGUUAGACCCCUGUGGCUCACCUCGGGAAUGGACUCUCUCCUGUCUAUGAUCUCCAUUACCACCAGAGUGGCAGCUGAAGUUCAGAACCUGACCAUGCACAGGAGGAGCAUAGCUAGCCUCCUGCUUCCUGUCCCAAGGUGGGGAGGGACUAGUCUAACCACCAUCCUCCUAGGAUCAUUCUAGGGAACAUCCACCAUUAAACUCUUCUGUUGGUGUCUCGCUACUUGCAUCAUAUCCUAGUAUUUUUGAAGUUCUUGUGCAUAUGUACUCGUAGAAUAGGCCUGAAAACCAUAGACUGGACAAAUCUGAGUUGACGCUACCCUGGCUCCUGUACUAGCUAUUGCUGUCGUGGUAGAUGUUGUGCAGUCUGAGGCGCCUAGGUGUGGUGAGCUCACCAAGCCUCACCACCUUCCUUUUUUUCCUUGCAAAGUCUUCAGUAUCAUGUCCUGCCAUGGGAAGGUUUGUGACCAAAAAGGAUAAGGGUUUAAGACUCUUGCUGGUGUGUAUGUGGGUGGCACAGCAUUUCACAGCCCAUAUCAGGUCCUUGGAGCACUUACCCCCACCUGAUGCUGGCUUGAGCCAGAGUCUGCCCUCCAGUGGAUUGGAAACUCCUCUUCCAUCCCAGCGGGUGUGGGCGCAGGUCAUCCUUACUCUACCCAGGAUGUGAACCUCAGGAUCCGUCCUUGGCAAUCUGAAAUAUGAUGGCCAGUAAGAGAACCCUGCCCCAGCCUACCCUCUCCACACUUCUACCAAAUGCUUCUGGGUCUAUAGAAAUGCUGCUGCUACCCACAGUCCUCUGCUUCUAAUAGUGUGGUCUCCAUUUUGUACACUUUGUGAUUUGUCCAGUUCUAAACCUAAUAAAGUACGUAGAACACUG